GCGCCCCGGCACUUCCGGGCGUCGCCAUGACAAUCCCGGCACGUGACGGGAGCAGGGAGCGGCCGCCGCUGCCGGCGCAGGAAUGGCCGAUGGCUUUCUCAUGGAGGUCUGCGUUGACUCGGUGGAGUCUGCCGUGAACGCGGAGCGCGGAGGUGCUGGCCGCAUCGAGCUGUGCGCUGGCCUGAUCGAGGGAGGAACCACACCGAGCAUGGCAGGGCUGCUGCAAGUGGUGAAGCAGUGCGUGCGGGUCCCAGUGUUCGUGAUGAUCCGUCCCCGCGGGGGCGACUUCCUCUAUUCGGACCGCGAGGUGGACGUGAUGAAGGCAGACGCCCGCCUCGCCAAGCUGCACGGGGCCGAUGGGCUGGUGUUCGGGGCCCUGACUGAGGAUGGGCGCAUCGAUACGGAGCUCUGCAUGGCCCUGCUGGCCGUUUGCCGUCCCCUGCCAGUCACCUUUCACCGAGCCUUCGACAUGGUCCAUGACCCCAUGGUAGCCCUGGAAACCUUGAUCUCUCUGGGCUUUGAGCGUGUGCUGACUAGUGGCUGCGACAGCUCAGCGCUGGAGGGGCUGCCCUUGAUCAAGAGGCUAGCAGAGCAGGCAAAGGGCAGGAUCGUGGUGGUGCCAGGUGGCGGGAUAACGGAGCGAAACCUGCAGCGGAUCCUCGAGGGCUCCAGCGCCUCCGAGUUCCACUGCUCGGCACGCUCAGCCCGUGACUCAGGGAUGAAGUUCAGAAACCCUCACGUUGCCAUGGGAGCUUCCCUCUCUGCCUCAGAGUACUCGGUCAAGGUGGCCGACGUGGCGAAAGUGCGGACCCUGAACGCCAUCGCAAAGAACAUUCUGUAGCGGGACAGAAACGUGCAGACCCCGAGUCCCCCCUGUCAGCGCAGGCAAAGGGACUUCAGCUCCCGCAUCCCUGGGGCGGGGAAGGGCAUGGAUCACACGCAGAAACCUGCCACCUCUUCCGUGGUCUCUUUUGUGGCUUCGUGUGGAUGCCCACUCCCGGGGCUGGAGGCCACUACUGGUCUUUUUGAGUGUGGACCCUUUCCUGGCUGCAGCACUGGCACCAACUGUCCGGCAGCCAUGGGCCAGAGGGGAGGGUUAGCUAAUGGGGCGGUGAAUUGUGCGACAGCGCUAUGAUGUCAAAUAAACACCCCACAGCCA